CAAGCGCUCCCUCUGCUGGACAACAUCUCAGGCUCAAAUUGAGUUUCAGGACCUGCACUGUCAACUUCCUCCCAGCCCUGGGUGUAGGGAAGCGGGUUGAUGCCCCUUUAAGAGGCGGUAGCUGGCUCCCGGUUGCCAUGGAGACUGCCGACCACAGACUGGGUCGCUGCUGACAGCAUGUCCUCCAAAGCUCUCCUCACAGGUGGCGUCAGAACCAAGGAGUACAGGCUUGCCGGCCAGGAGGGGCCGCCCCUGCCACAGGCCAAUGCCGAGGCCAUCAACUUCCUCAACUCUCUCGGGCUGGAGGAGCUGCAGCUGCUGCUCUUCUCGGAGACUCUGGCCAUGGUCUCGGACACGGGGGAGCCGCAGGGAGAGCUGACCAUUGAGGUGCAGAGAGGGAGGUACAAAGACCAGCAGGGGAUCCUGUCCAACUGCAUCCUGGUGCACGCCUCCAGCCACGGCUUCCUGGACAAGAUGCUCUGCGGAAACUCCCUCCUGGCAAGCCCUCGGCUUCCAGACGAUCCAGGUGGGCCGGCAGCAGGCCCCCGCGUUCAUCGUGGAGCAAACGGUGCACUCGGAAGAGGGCAUCCCCAUGUCCUGGCAGUUCUACAUGUUCUCCGAUGGGCAUUUGGCCAAGAGAGUCCAGAUCGGCUCCGCCGGCUGCUGCAUCAUCACCAAGAUGCCCAUCUUGAGGGAGGAGGACGAAAUCGAGCCUCCGCCCGUGUUCGAAAAGAAGCCCCUGGUGUGGGAGGACGACUUGCAGCUCCACUCCAAGUUCCUGCACCGCAAGGAGGAGCUGCGGACCAGCCACAGCGCCUACCUGCGGCAGCACCCCGACGCCCGGGCGCUGCUCUCCGACUUCCUGCUCUUCCUGCUGCUGCGCCAGCCCCGCGACGUGGUCACCUUCGCCGCCGAGUUCUUCGGCCCCUUCGACCCGCACCGCCCGCCCGGGCCCGCCUUCCGCUCCUCGCACCGGCCCAGCCCCUUCCGCUCGCUGGACCCCGAGCCCGGCGCCGGCGGCGCGGGGGCGGACUAGGCGGGGGCGGCUCUUGUCUUGGGCUAACAAUAGGAACAGCCUUUCUUUCCAGACGCUUGUGUCAUCAUUAUCCCCAUUUUAUAGAUAGGAAAAUAGAGUCCCAGAAAGGUAUAGAGACACAGUCGGCAGCUAGCGAAGCCGGCGGCCAUGCCGAGGUGUCCUCACUCCCAGCUCCCCAAAAAAGAACCCAUGACGGGAUGGGGGCUGUGGGAGAGGGGACGUGGACCACCAUGGGCCUUGCCCUUCACCUCGGGUGUCUCCCAAGUCUCCAACUCUCAUGCUCUGUCUCUCCCACAAACAGGAACCCCCCCCCCCAAACAUUGCGGACCUCCAGGGGCUCCUGGUUCGAGUCGAUCCGUUCAGGACAGCGGCUGUUUCCACCGGGCUGGAUGCGGGCUCAGUCCCAAAGAGUAGAGGGCGCCCUCCUCCUCCCCCAUCCCUCCACCGGGACCCGGGAGGAGCCGUGCGCGCGUGCGCGAAGGGACCCAGGCGCGGAUGCCCGCAAGGGUGAUGCAGAGCAAGUUUUAAAUUUUUCCUGUUGUCCCCUCCCUAUUUCAAAGAGAAGCGCGUAUUAGAGAAAACUCAGAAAAGCGAGGUAAAGCAAGAGAAGGAAGCGAAGUCUGUCGGUCUCCCUGCCUGGAGGCAGCCAGCGUUAGCGCUGGGGCCACCUCCCUGGGCCACCCCGCCCUGAGCCAGGAAGCGGUGGGGUGGUCCAGCGGGUGCUUUGUCAAACGCUUCUCUGUGGAUCGCCUUGGUCUUUACAGCUCCAGGAAGCCUUAGUUCUUAGCAGAAAUGAAAGGCUCGCUGCUCCUCCGUGGCUGCUGAUUGCAUUCUCUGUUACAUUCUGGAAAGUUUCCAGACCCUAGACCCUAGGUUCCCUAGAGUUCACCCCAGUUCUCUGUAUUUAGUAACUUCUUCUACGGGUAACUGGCUGUGUUUAUCUAACAAUAUGUUUUAAAAAUAUUUCCAUAUCAUUACACAGUCUUCCAUUUUUCAUGACUGUACAUUAACUUAACCAAUCUCCCUUGUUAGGAGCAAUGGAUACAUUGAACAUCCUUGUGGCUGAAUCUUGGCAUCUAUCAACCACUAUUUCAUCAGGGAUUCAUUCUGACAAGGGGGAUUGUUAAAUUGAUUUAAAGACUUUUGUGUGGCCGGCGCCAUGGCUCACUAGGCUAAUCCUCUGCCUUGUGGCGCCAGCACACCGGGUUCUAGUCCCGUUCGGGGCGCCGGAUUCUAUCCCGGUUGCUCCUCUUCCAGUCUAGCUCUCUGCUGUGGCCCAGGAGUGCAGUGGAGGAUGGCCCAAGUCCUUGGGCCCUGCACAUGCAUGGGAGACCAGGAGAAGCGCCUGGCUCCUGGUUUCGGAUCAGCGCUGUGCGCUGGCCACAGUGCGCUGCUGGAGCAGCCAUUGGGGGUGAACCAACAGAAAAAGGAAGACCUUUCUCUCUGACUCUUUCUCUCUCUCACUGUCCACUCUGCCUUUGGGAAAAAAAAAAAAAAAAAGACUUUUGUGUUAUGUUACCAGAUUGCCAAAUUCAAUGUGGAUAAGAUUUUUACUAAGGGUCAGAUAAAGAAUUCCUGGCAGAGGCAAUGUCGCAAGCAAGGAAAGAAGUGGAGGCUGUGACCCAGGCUCAUGGUCUGGAGCAGCAGUGUCCAGCUGCGGUGAUGGAAAUUUGACAUCUGUGAUGUCCAGUAUGGUAGGCACCCACAUGUGUGGGCACUGAGCACCUAAGGUGUGGUAAGAGGCCAGUGCUGUGGUGUAGCGGGUAAAGCCACCGCCUGCAGUGCUGGCAUUCGAUAUGGGAGCGUUCUAGUCCCGGCUGCUCCACUUCCGAUCCAGCUCCCUGCUAAUGCUCCUGGGAAAGCAGUAGAAGACGGCCUAUGUGCUUGAGCCCCUGUACCCGUGUGGAAGACCCAGAAGAAACUCCUGACUCCUGGCUUCAGAUCAGCCCAGCUCUGGCCAUUGCAGCCACUUAGGGAGUGAACCAGCAGAUGGAAGACCUCUCUCUCUGCCUCUCUGUAGCUCUGCCUUUCAAAUAAAUAAAUAAAUCUUAAAAAAAAAAAAAAAAA